AUGAAGCAAAUCAAUAAAACGGAGACUGAAUUAGUUCAAUUAGCUGCAAAUUUAGAUGAAUCACACACAAAUCCUGAUAAGUCAUUUUUUAUAAACCCUACUAAUGAGUUAGAAGUGAGUGACAUAAUUUCAAAUUUGAAGAAUGACUCCGCUCCCGGAUGGGACGGAAUUAAUUGCCGUGUUAUCAAACUUGCUAAAUCCGAUCUUUCUGCACCAAUCACACACAUAUGCAAUCUUAGCAUUUCCACUGGUAUAGUCCCCUCUCAUAUGAAAUUAGCAAAUGUUUGCCCAAUACACAAAGGUGGAGAUACUUCUAGUUUAGCGAAUUUCCGACCUAUAUCACUUUUAACAAUAGUUUCAAAAAUAAUGGAAAAGCUAAUAAACAAAAGAUUGCUUAAAUACCUGGAACAAAAUAAAAUGCUUUCAGUAAAUCAGUACGGAUUUCGUAAUGGCAAGUCAACGGAGGACGCCGUCACAAAUCUGGUGGAUUUCAUAACUAUGAGACUCGACGGCGGGGAGAAAUGUGUGGGCGUCUUCCUUGAUCUUGCCAAAGCUUUUGACACGGUGUCCAGACCCAUCCUGCUGCGAAAGUUGGAGUUGUUUGGCAUUAGGGGUACUGCACUCGACUGGUUCACGUCAUACCUAUCCAACCGAGAACAAAGCGUUUGCCUGGGUGAAUACCUAAGUUCUCCCGCUGCAAUAAGAUAUGGAGUUCCCCAGGGCAGUGUCUUAAGUCCUACGCUCUUUCUUCUCUACGUAAAUGGACUCUGUUCACUCAAACUCAACCAGGCUAAGAUUUUUGCUUACGCAGACGAUACCGCUGUGAUUUUCCACGGCAGAUCUUGGAGGGAAGCGUAUAGCGCUGCAGAAACCGGAAUGCAAACUGUCGCCAACUGGCUCCACCACAACUUGCUUAGCCUCAAUAUAGCAACAGAAUACAACCGUAUGCCGCCAAAAUUUCGUUUGGAUGAUUAUGAUAAAUGUUUAAACGAACCCGAUGGUGUUUAUUGUGCUGUGGAAUUCGCUCUAGUGUCUGAUACACCAAGUAACCUUUUAACUAUGAUUCAGGAAUAUUCGCAACACAGUGAUAGCCAUUUCAACCAUACAAAACCAUAUUAUGGAAUAUGUUUAACGCAGUCAUGUCACAGUUAUAUAAAAAAUAAAGCAGUGGGCACAAAGGAGAGCCUUGAGGGAUGCCUGAAUGAAUCAUUAUGGAAUGAAUACAAACUAAAAACCAAAGUAUUGGAUAACAUUAAAUGCACAAAAUCCAACGAAGAAGUAAAUGUAGACGGUGCAGAUAUUGCAAUUCUACUUCUGAUAUCAAUGAUUAUAAUGAUCAACUUCAUAGCAAGCUUCUAUGAUUUUAUAUGUGUGAGGUGUAUAAAAAAGCAAGCGAAUAAAUAUCUUAUUAAUUUUUCAAUACAAAAAAAUUGGUUAAAACUUGUCAACAUCCGUGACAGAUCUGAUCCUCGGCAAAACCAACUGAGAAGCCUGGAUGGACUGAAAGCACUUACGAUAUGUUUUGUUAUUCUUGGUCAUUCUAUUCAACCGUUGGUGCUACUUUGUCAGAAUACACACUUUCUGGAAUCGACAUUUGACUAUGUGGGAUAUCAAUUUGGGUACAACGGUACCAUAAUUGUUCAAAUAUUCUUCUUAAUUUCGGGAUUAUUACUGUCAUACAAUCUGCAAAUCGCGGCGGAGACCAAAACCUUGGACUGGCUUGAAAUACCUAAGCGAAUUGGUAUACGAUGGCUGAGAUUGACGCCACCAUAUGCAAUUGUCUUAGCAAUAACUUCUACAUGGCUCAGAUACGCUGGAUCGGGACCCUUUUGGAAGACAAUAGUAAAUGACGCAGUGACUGACUGCCGCCAAUCAUGGUGGAUCCACCUCUUUUGCAUAAGAAAUUAUUAUAAAAAUAGCCAGUGCAUGCUUCACGCAUGGUAUGUAGCAGCAGAUUUUCAAUUGCACAUAGUUGGUUUGAUCCUCUGUGUGUUAUUUAAGGGACGAAUCAGAAGAAUUUUUCUAGUAAUAUUGUUGAUGAUUGGAGUUAUAGCACCAGCUUUCCAUACGUACUUCCAAGAUUUGAAUGGAUCGUUAGUUAUAACAUUGGAAACGAUAAGAAACAUCUUUGUCACUGACCCAACAUUUGUGAACGUGUAUACACCCACACACACAAACAUGGCUUGCUUUGUCAUUGGCCUUGCACUUGGGUUAAUUAUCUACAACAUGCAAAAUAGCAGCUUCGAUAUUAAAAAGUAUAGGAAAUACCUGCCCAUGUACUACGCAAUAGUGCCAGUAGGAUUCGCCCUUGCUAUAGCAGGCAUGGCUGCAUACAGAGACGGUCCACGGCUCUCUAUAUACAUACGAGUCUUGUUCUCUUUACUACUAAAGCCUGUAUUUGGAAUGUGCGCCGCAGUUUUUAUAUUUGGUAUGGUGUUCAAAUUUGAAGGAACAAUUCGCGGAUUCUUGGAGGCACGCAUUUGGACUGUUAUAUGUAGAGUUUCCUAUUGCGCUUAUCUCUGUCACAUUGCCUUAGUCAGGAUGAUGACUGGUUCCAGUAUCAUGAUAAGAGUCAACGUGAUACAUUUAUUUAAUUUAACCCUCGGCAUGGUGUUCAUGGCUUUCUUAAUAGCAGUGGGCCUGUAUCUUUUCGUUGAGGCGCCAUUCUUGGGAAUCAUAGACACGAUUAGAGCAAGAGACACAAGCCAUCGGAAAGCAAGCGUGAACAGUUUAAAGAACAAAAAUUUAAUUGAAGCAAACACUGCUAUAUAAUAUUUAUAUAGUAGAAUAAUUUUAUAGUUUAAUCUAAUCUAAUCUAUCUAAUCUAAUCUAAU